GAAUUUAUCGGUUGCUAGUUUCAACGAAGUUGAAACCAUGAGCUGCUCAAUGCUGUUUCUCAAAGUUACUAUUGUGGUUCGACGCAAUCGAUAAAUAACGUGUUAUUCUUGAUAUCUUGACUGUUCACUGUUACCAGAAGACCGAGAUCAUGAGUCUUUCUAAAGAUCUUGCAUCGAACGAUCAAAAUAAUAUAAAGAUAUUACGUCAAGUUGAGUUUUAUUUAAGCGAAGGAAACUUAAAUCGCGAUAGCUUUUUCAAACAGGAAAUGCAAAAACGAGAUGAUGGUGGUAUCCCAAUAGAUCUGCUACUGAAGUGUAAUCGUAUGAUCUCUAUGAAUGUUACUGAGGAUAUUCUAAAAAGUGUUGUUGGAACAUCGAAAAUUCUGAAUCUGUCUGAUGAUGGGUUGGCUAUUGUCCGAGUAUUGCCGUUAUCUGAGUUGGGACCUCGUGAGAGACGAACUAUCUUAGUUACAGGACUUCCACGUUCAUCCAUCGAAAUAACUGAAAACGUAGAUGUAGACAAUAAUCCUCACAAGCCAAGUUCAAAACCAAGUGAAAAUGAGCUGAAAAAAAUGACCUCAGCAAGCUGGGAACUUGGUGACUGGAUUCGGAAUGUAUUUGAAGAAUACGGUGAAGUCCUAUUUGUCAGUUUACCUCGUUAUCAUCACUCCAGUUCUUUUCGAGGAUUUGCUUUCGUUGAAUUCAGAACGUCUAAAUCUGCUAGAAAAGCUGUUAAACACAUGUGUCUUUUCAUGGAAAAUGAACAAUGGCUCGUGCAACCUACUGAAACAAAUGAAGUAUCUGAUUGUCCAGAAGCAGCAUGGAAACCACGACUUGCAUCUAAAGUCUCUUUUUCACCUCAGCAAAUGUUAGCCAGACGGCAUAUUUGGCGUUGUUGCUCUCGAAAGAAUAAACAACUUAUUGCAGCGUUCAAACAUUUACGUCAGGUCGGAUACACUGCUAGUAAUCCAUGUGAUAAGGAAUAUUAUUCAAUUAUACUUGGUGAUAACUCUACUGAGGCUAUACUGAAUUAUGUUAAAAACAAUCGUACUUAUGAACCAUGUCAAUCUAAACUACGUGUAUUUCGUUAUUCUGAUUGGAUAUUUUGGAAGCAAAAGUUUUAUCUGUGGCAACAAGCAUGGAUUGUAAGAAUGCAUCAUAAAACUGAAUUAAUGACUAACAAAAAUAUUAGUAACAAUGAUGAUUAUGAUGAGGAUGCCAGUAUGGAAGAGAAAGAAUGUUAUCAAAUAGAUUCUGAAAUGAAUCGAAAUUCACUGCCAGUAAAAUGUUUAGAUGAAUCUUCAACUAGACCGCAAGCACUUCCAAAUAAUUUUGUUCCGAAUUCCAUUGUUCAGAUAUAUUGGCCUUCAGUAAUGAUUCCCAAAGGAGAUGCAGCAGAUACACAUCUGUCUGAUGGUCUUGGUGAUAUACUGAUAGCACCGAAGAAGUUAUCAUUUGCUCGAUGUCUGCGUAUUAGUCUAGAAAAGAAUCUUCUUGUUCCAUGUAAUCUCUUAAAAGAUGUUGCUCAUGUAGACCCAAACCCUAACCAAAGUCUAUUGGAUUCAGUUAACCAAUUUGGGUGUUGUAUAAUACCAAAUGCUAAUCUAAAUGAAUCACUUUCCUCAGAUGAAUUUGUUCCUCUUUUUAUUCGAAUGAAAAAUAAUAAAACUGCUCUGAAAUUGGUACAGUCUGUUAAUCUUUCUACAAUUCAUGGAGCAACAGCACGUAUUCUUGAAGGUCCUAGUGAACAGGCGUACUGUGACAAUAUUAUCAAAUCUAAGUUAAAUGCUAGAGAACGUCAUCGGACUUCACAAUUAAACAAACGUCAAAAACAAAAGUCUACAGAUCAUCAUCCUACAUCAUUCACUAAUUGUAUACCUCCAAGUAAUAAGACUGAUUGCAAGCACAUUAUAUUCGAUGAAUAAAUUUUCACACGCUUUUUGUACAUAUAAUCCGAAAUCUAUUUUGCAUACUAAACUCUAAUUUUAAACACGUACAUAGUAAU